UUGUAUUCGAUUUGCACCCACGGUUAGACACAUUAAAAAAUUAGAAAUCUUUGUUUUAUACUAUAAUGUACUGUCGAUUAACAGAAUGCUCAGGAUUUUCGCUCCACAAAAUGGUAGGAUUUGCUGAAAGACGAUCAAUAUUUAGUCGACAGGGAGGCGGCCACCACGGUGUACAAUUUUUAGAAGAAGAUUUUGUAUCUUAGCAGCGGCAGAAGUCCAACUAAACAGAAGCAGCAAGCAAUAACAUUGACAGCUCUUUGCCUGAAGAAUGAGCUAUUUUGUUUGAGCUUAUAGGACUAAAACACCCGAGGAGGAAGUUUUAUGGCAUGGAAGAAGACAGCGACUACAUUGCCGAUGCGAAUACACCGCUGCGAGCAGGGAAUGAGAGUUUCUGGGAGGAGGGCAACACAAGUUUUAAAUUCGACAGGACAAGGGAGGAGUUUAAUAGCAGUAUCACAAGCGAAGAGUCAAGUAUCGAAACACACGCAAAUAUAAAUGCUAUCCGCGAGCAAAUGCCACUUAAGUCCGACAUUGACUUUGAGGGCUGCGAUGACGAAAUGUUGCUGCGAUAUCUUCGUGCAAGAGGGCACAAUGUCGUUGCAGCAUUUGCUCUUCUCUGCAGCCAUAUAGAAUUCCACAAGAAUAAUCCAGAACUGUUAAAAGGAUUAAAUGCAUUUGAACUGAGGUAUAUUUUAGAGGAUGGUUUCCCAUGUGUUUUGCCUUAUAUGGAUCCAGUGGGCUCGACUAUCAUGGUGCUUUUUCCUGGAAUGUGGGACACAGACACGUUCAGUCCAGACACACUUUUACAGGCACUGAUGCUGACCUUAAUGCAUUUGAGUGAGAGUUUGACAGUACAGUCAAGAGGAGUUGUGCUUUUGGUGGACUUCAGUGAAUGGACAUCUACUCAGGCUGCAUAUUUGAAUAUCAAAUACAUCAAGAAGAUUGUCACUAUUUUUGAGAAUUGCUAUCCUGUGGUAUUCAAGAGUGUUCAUCUAAUCAACCAGCCUUGGUAUAUAAGUGCAUUGAUAUCCUUUUUAAGGCCUUUCCUCACAGGAAAAGUAAAAGACAGGGUUUUUCUUCAUGGAAACAACCUCACUACCCUUCAUGAUCACAUCCCUCCUGAGAGCCUGCCAUCCCAGUUUGGAGGGGACAGAUGCGAAGUUGACCAGAGCUACUGGGCAAAGGUACUCCUGGAGGCAGAUAAACGGAAAGUAAAGCUGAAGAGACAAGAGUCAGUCAUUCGUUUUGGAACGAACCCUCUAAAAUCAACUGGUAAUCCUAACAAAGUAGACUCUGACGAGAGUGAGCCACUGUUGUUAGAUGAAGAUUAGCUGACUUAGCAUUUCUUGACUUUUAAGGGUGUUUUUCUUAUGACAGAAGAAAUAGGUGAAAUAAGUGAGGCUGAUGGGUUAGACAUAUACUGAUAUAAUAUCAAAGGUAGGGUUUACUUAUAACAGGAACAUAGCUAGGGGUGGUGCAGAGGGGGAAACACCCUUGACUACAAUGUUUGUACUCCCCCAGCAAAUGUAAAAAGUGUAUGAAGGUCAGUAUAUUUUGUAUAACAGAUAUGCUGCAUGUUUAUAAUUUGUGUAUAAACCUGUUUUGGUGUAGUUAAGCUCAACUAUGACAUGGGAAUAUGUUUUAGAUGUGUAUUUUAGUAAUAAAGUAUAACUUGGCUUAA